AUGCCCUCGCCGCUUCCCAGUGAAACAGAUGAUCUCUUCACGAGAUGGUUAAAGUCUCGUGCCAUCAUACAAAGAACUGUAUCGACGAGAGAGUGUUUUGAUUCUGAUGUGUUCUUGGCGUCCGGUGGCUGGAAUAUAACCAACGAAUUGGUAACGUUGAAAAGAUAUUAUCAGCUCAAGUGGCCAAACUCGAGCUGCAGUUUGUUUCACCCAAAGACUAUAGAAUUAAUUGAGGAGCGAUUACGCAGCUUAGAAGAGCAUGACUCUUCAUGGAAAAUCACUAAUACAUCUCAUUUAUCUAAAAAAACGUUUUUGGAAGACACCAAGGCUGCGUUGUCCAAUUUAGAACCCGUUUGGGGCCCACCAAGGCUUUUGAACCCGGCUGAGCUACUCUUACCACAAGAUGAAAAAUUACUUAUUCAAGAGAUACCACUGAAAUUCGGGCCUUUCCAGUACACGAACAGGUUUUCUUAUGGUGGCUUACAAUUCAAGAACAAUUUAUUCGUUACUUAUGGAAGUUACUCCUUCUUGGCCGCUGGGCAAUGCAUCGAAGUUCAUAAUUUUGAUGUGCUUUUGAACGCUUCUUCAUUGGAAAUUUGUCAUGCCCUGUUGCCCGUGACAAUACCAGAUGAUGGUAAUUUAAGGAAUUCUCGUAAUUCCUCCUAUGUGAAAUUUAGGGAUACACAAUUCAAUAACAUUCCCGAACUAUCUUCUAUCAACUUUUUAAAAAUUUGUAACUUCAUGCAUCAAGAUUUUUUACUGGCAUGUGGUGAUAAUGGAAUAGUUUACAUAUGGGAAAUCCACAAAGUAAUCAAAAUAUUCAACAAGUUUACUUCAGACAUGCUAGGAGGCAAAGAUAACAGUCGAGAAAGAUACAUAAAUGUUGACCCAUAUAUGGUAUUGAGAGUGGAGGAAUCCUGCUGGAGUGUCGACGCAAUUGAUAUAGACGGCAUUGUAUAUAUUGCUGUGGGACAUAACAAACCUGCUGUAACUGUAUUUGCAUUCAAUAAAGAUGUAAAAAAGGAAAGAAAAUGCAUUCAUCCCCUGGAUCUCCCUUCGUCGCAUAACGUUCCCUGUGUAAAUUUUGUUCCAAAUUCAAAAGAUUCCAAUGGAUAUAUCACGCUAAGUUAUUGUUCUAUUUUUGGAAAUGUUGUUACUGUCAAAAUAAAGGAGCAUGAUUGCACAAUUUUAACAGACUUCCUUGAUACUCAAUUUCUUGGCGAUGACGUGUGGACAAUAACUCCAUUGAAUAAGAAAGAUUUUCUGAAAGUUGACAACUUCGAAGCAUUGAACCUCAAUUAUCAAGAUGGAUUCAAGGAAAAUAUGCUAUAUUCGAUUUGUCGAGACGAUUUUUUACUGGGAUAUUACUGUGAUAACACUUAUUUGUCGGGAAAUUUUGGCAUUGGUACACUACUCAACCAAUUUGAAGUUCCUGUUACAGAUCUGCGGCUAACUUCUUCAGAAGGGAUUCCAGAAGAAGUUAUACCGUUAAGAUUUACCUCAUUUGAUAGAAAUUACACUACCAUUGGUUCAAUAAAAUACGAGUACGGCAGAGAGGAAUUCUCACUUAUUCUACAUACCGGUGAUUUAGAUGAUAUGAACGAUGCGGUGACAAAGAACACCCCUUGCGAACAACACCUACAACAAUGGACAUUCUGGGACGAUUCUGCCCAUAAACAUUAUCGUGCUACCGACCGUGGGUUUUCAAAGUAUAAGGAUAUUAUCAGUACUUUUCCACAAUUGAUAAUACCCAGCGGAAGAAAUAAAUCUUCACAAUACCAGAAUGCCUCUGAAAGAAAGAUCUGUGAGCCUUUCACUUAUAAACUUACUGAUUUAGAAAACGACAUUGAAGAUAUUUCCGGAGAGUUCAAUAAAAGCAUCCGCAAUCUAAAGAUGGACAAACUAAGGCAACUACAAACUUCGAAGGAGUUCAGAUCGCUAAGUUCAGUAAACCGUUCACCCAUUAUUGAAUCAGGCAAUUUUUUAUGGUACAGGACCGAUGCCGCAGCUGAUUGGAGAACACUUUUUGGCAAGGAUUUGAACACAGUCUUGAAGAAUCCAGAGAUAUGUAGCCUUCAGUCGAAUUCCGUAGGGGACAGUGAAGUCAAUAGUGACUCUGAAAAUGGAGAAUCUGGCAAUGACUUGACAAGUUUUCAACGCAGAUACAGGAAUACUGAACAGCGUGCUCACCUGAAAUCAGACUCUCAAAAAUCUUGGGGAUUCCAUAACUAUGUAAGAAACGUUAAGCGAUUAUUGGAAUCGGUGGUACCAGGCUCAGAAGAUUCGCCCUUUGGAUAUCAACUAUCUGAAAUGCAUGACGAGUUUUUCCUCCUAACCACGGUACAUAGGUUGGUGUUGAUGAAAGCGCAUCCCCUCAUCAUUAUAUCAGCGACACAUUAUGAUAUUUUCCCCUUAGAUGGUGUUGUGACAUGUACCUCGAAGUCAUUACUGCAGGCAUUAAACAGAAUAAAUUUUGUGUGCCACAUCAAGGAGCUAAAUUGUAUAGUUGUGGCCUCACAACUAGGACUCAUUUCAUUAUUGAGGCUAACGGAAUAUAGAGGCAUUUAUUCCUUCAGACAAGAGUAUAUUCUAGGUUGGGAAGUCCAGGAUCCCGUUAAUCCUAGUGCAGAGUGUACGUGCAACAGAAACUUGUUUGACGCACCCCUAUACGACGUGGAUGGAGAGAACUCAGACACCUACUGCGGUGUAUGCGAUGUCUACUUUCCCAUGGGUGAUAUUUGCGGUCUAGACUACACUUACACAGUUGGCGACGAGGCGUUGAAGCGUAAAGGAUAUGCCACCCUCUACAUAGCUUCAAGAGCCUCUUUAAGGGCAUUCAAGAUCACCACUGAGCAUGAUGCUACCCAAUUAUAG